CCGAUUGGUCCACGGGGCGUCCUGGGCGUCCGAGAAGACCCAGACGAGAGAGAAAAAAACGGAAAUCUGUUCUAAAAAAAUAGAGCAGACCUCUCCAACUCACGACAAAUGACUAUUUACCUCGAAUGUGUGCGGAUGUGGCAUAGCGUUUUAGUUGACUUGGUCUCGGUCGACCAAGUGUUCGAGGGGGGAAAAAAGAAGGAGAAAUAUCUGUGAGGAUUAACGCAGAGGCGGGGUGUGAAAAAAAAAAGAGGAAGGACUUGAAUAUCAGCUGCGACUAUCCGGAUUACUCUCUCGCUGAGAAGGGGAAAACAAACGAAGCUUUCUCCGCCAAGCGAGGAUGAGCUGACCGCCAGGGGGAAAGAGAAAAAAAAAGGAAAGCGGGAGAGAGAGAGAGAGAGAGAGAGGCUAAAGUGGUUGUGGUCGAAGUUGGGAGCAGAGGAAGAAACGGGCUCCACCGGGCUUGGACGGUUAUUUCCAUGUUCCGGAGAAAAACUUCGCCGUAGAUGCGGGUUUAAAGCCAGAUUCUGCCGCGAAAACCCCAACGUUUUUCAACCGAAGAAACCCCCUAUUUUUUUUUUCUAGCUAGCUCCGCACGACCCCUGCAAAAAGUGACUCGGUACGCCGGGAACUGAGGCGGAGGGGGAUCAGCUGUUUUUGUGCCGAUGCCCACGGCAGACUGUAGAUUGCUCCAUCAUGGCCGGAUCAUGAGGUGUCUGACCUAUCUACUACUGCUUCCAGAAACGCUGAAAAAGUCAAGGAAGGUCGGCAAGCUCCCGGGCAGGCUGCCGGUAUGUUAUGAGAUCCUGACUCUGUCCCUGUCGAGCACGAAAAAGCAACAGCAGCAGCAGCAGGAGAAGGAGAAGAUGGCUGCGGAGUUGUACCCCGCCGCCAACACCAACAACCCCAACCUGGCCAACGGCACCACCGUGGCGGACGCAGAGAAGACCAAGGAGGUGCAGGUGUUCCCGGCGGGCGGCGGAGGAGGCGGAAGCGCGGCGACCACCCCGACCGCCCAGCAAAACAUCAACAACAACAACGUCGACCCACCCAGCUGGCAGUACAGCCACCCGACGCUCAGAGAGAGGAACGCCUUGAUGUUUAACAAUGAGCUGAUGGCUGAUGUCCACUUCAUUGUUGGGCCCAUGGGGGAAGCACAGAGGGUCCCUGCACAUAAGUAUGUGCUGGCCGUGGGAAGCUCGGUCUUCGGUGCCAUGUUUUACGGCGAUUUGGCGGAGGAGGAGUCUGAAAUCCAUAUCCCAGAUGUGGAACCUGCUGCUUUCCUGAUUCUGCUGAAGUACCUGUACAGCGAUGAGAUCGACCUGGAGGCGGACACGGUGCUGGCCACCCUGUAUGCUGCCAAGAAGUACAUUGUCCCCGCAUUGGCGAAGGCCUGCGUCACCUUCCUGGAAACGAGCCUGGAGGCCAAGAACGCCUGCGUGCUGCUCUCCCAGAGCCGCCUGUUCGAAGAGCCCGAACUGACACAGCGCUGCUGGGAGGUGAUCGACGCCCAGGCCGAGCUGGCGCUGUGCUCCGAGGGCUUCUGCGAGAUCGACCUGCAGACGCUGGAAAUCAUCCUGAGGAGGGAGACGCUCAACACCAAGGAGGUGGUGGUGUUCGAGGCCGUCAUGAACUGGGCCACGGCCGAGUGCAAGAGACAGGGCUUGGGGCCUACCACGCGCAACAGGAGGGAAGUUCUGGGCAAGGCGCUGUUCUUGCUGCGCAUUCCCACCAUGAGCCUGGAGGAGUUCGCCAACGGAGCGGCGCAGUCCGACAUCCUGACGCUCGAGGAGACGCACAGCGUCUUCCUGUGGUACACGGCGGCCAAAAAGCCCGAGCUGGACUUCCCCCUGACUGCCAGGAAAGGCCUGCUCCCUCAGAAGUGCCACCGCUUCCAGUCCUCGGCCUACCGGAGCAACCAGUGGCGCUACCGCGGCCGCUGCGACAGCAUCCAGUUCGCGGUGGACAAACGGAUCUUUAUCGCCGGCUUGGGGCUGUAUGGGUCCAGUGGCGGCAAGGCCGAGUACAGCGUCAAGAUCGAGCUCAAGAGACAAGGGGUGAUCCUGGCGCAGAACCUGACCAAGUUUGUGUCGGACGGCUCCAGCAGUACUUUUCCCGUCUGGUUCGAGCAUCCCGUCCAGGUGGAGCAGGACGCCUUCUACACGGUGAGCGCCGUGCUGGACGGGAACGAACUCAGCUACUUUGGCCAAGAGGGAAUGACGGAGGUGCAGUGCGGGAAGGUGACAUUUCAAUUCCAAUGCUCCUCCGACAGCACCAACGGGACCGGAGUACAGGGAGGACAGAUCCCAGAGCUUGUGUUCUACGCAUAAGCUGCUCCAGACUGCUGAUGGAGAAUGAGGCUCACCCUCUCCUGUCAGCCUCGAAAGUAAUGUAGCAUCAAUACACUUGAGUAAAAUGUCACACUAAAUGGCCUGCUUAGCUCUUGGAGGGACUCUUUUCAAAGUGGAGGAGCGGUUUUAUCUUAUUUAAUUUAAUAUUAUUUUUUUAUUUAAAUGCCGAGCUAACUUUAUUUGCUCUGAUGCCUGUGUUUAAGGGCUGCAGCUGCUGUAGGAACAACAUUAAUACGGCCAUCUGUGGUUAUGUAAUCAAAGCUGAGCUCCACAACUGGUAGGGACUGCUUCAAUUUGUGUAAUUGCGAGUCUACAUAUAAUGUUGUUACUAUAGUUCGGGCAGCAAUACUACACAAUGAGCAGACGUAGUGUAAAGAUUCUAAAUGCAAAAAAGAAAAAAGGGGGGUGCGGGGAAAGUAGAAAUCUUCAAAAAGUCGUUUUUGCACUUCAGAGGAUGGCCUCAGCAAUGUUGUGUUUUUGUAAACAUGCUGUUAACAGCUUGAUGCUGUUGAAUACGGGAUGUGUUCUGUACAAGAAUGCGUAUACACCUGAUAAUAAAACAUAAAAGUUAUAAUGUGAACCAAAGUCACAUGUCCCAUCAUUAUGGUGCUAAGGAGUGGGCAUGUGAGGGGCAGCGGCGCCCUCUGGUAGUCACAGAGCGAACUACACCCGGGAUUUGUGGAAACCUGCAGUUAUGGCGGGGGCAUAUGUUUGGAUCCAAAGAGUUAUGGGCCCCCAAAGAGCUGCAUCUAUUUGCAAAGCAAGCAUUGCUUACAGAGAGAGACGAAGAUCCGUUAAACCUGGAUACAAUUAAUUACUGCUUUACUUAAAAAGAGCUUGAUGGGAUGUUUGUUUUUGUAUGUUCGGUCUUAUUUUCCAAAUCUGUCUUGUGAAAGAAGUUUGAAUGUUAAAAGACUUGAAUCAAUAUGGGAAUCUGAACCACCAGUUUUGAUGAACGUUCCCUCUAAAAAUUAGGUGUCACGGUCAACUAAAAGUACAAAGCAUGAGGUUCACAGAAAAGAAGAUAGUGUAAAGAACUGUGUGGUUAAUAAAAGUCACCAUGUUCUAUAUAAUCUCAUUAUCAUUUUUCAUUAUUAUCUUUUUUCUUAUAUGCUGCCACACUGGCAAGAUUUAAGAUAAAAUCAACAUGCAAACUAAAAUAUUACAGCCGUAUCUUUUAUCGGUUAGAGAUAUAAGAUGGCAUACAGAUGAGCAUUUUGGAUGACUUGUACCCUG